UAUUGCAAUUUAUUUCAUCAUCCGUCAGCUGUGUUGUGAAAAGAAUCUAAAUAUAGAAUCGGGACUUUCAUAUAAAGCUUGCUAAAGUCCUACAUACCCGUAAUUAUACGAAAUGUACUGUGGAAGAAAGAUGGCAAACAUGACGUGAGAACUCGUUUUUGUUCACGCACGUAGUGCGUUCGUUUAUAAUUAUAGAAAAUGUUUAUCCAGAAGAAACUAGGGCGAUCUUGUAUUUAUAGAAAAUAUGGGGACAACGCACAGGAUAACAAAAGAUUUUCAUCGUUUGGCGAGGACUAUAGAGAGUUUUUCAGAUGGCCAAGCCAAGGUUAUUCUGGGGGAUGACGACGAAAAAGAUAGAACGGAGACGUUCUUUAGAUUUGAGGUGGACAUAAUGCCCAAUGGAGGUCCAUAUCAAGGAGGCAGUUUCAGGUUUGAGUUUUGUGUAGAAAAGGAAUGUCAGUGGCCCAGGGAGCCCCCAAUCAUCCGCUGUCUGACGGAUAUCUACCAUCCUAACAUUGACCACCUGGACCGUGACGACUGCUCCAAUGUCUGCGUCAGUGUACUGGACCGUGACGUCUGGUCAGCUGACCAGUGUGACUUUGAGACUUGUGUCCAGGCUCUGUUGUUCCUGUUCUAUCAACCAAACUUUGACGACGCCUUGAGCCCAGUCUGUUGUUCUGAUGAACAUUUUCAGGAACUGGUUCAAAUUUCUCUAAAAGGAGGAACCAUAGAUGGAUUUCAGUUUAGACCAAAUAAAGGCAGAAUAAACAAUAUCCUAGAGGAAAUAACGUGACAUUACUCAUAUAUUUAUAAAUGUGUUACCUUUAUUAUAUAUUUAUUUAUAAAUUUGUUAGCUUGUUAAAAUAAAUUUUAAAACUCUUAA